CUUUCGUCCAGCUCUCCAAGUUGCUCUGUCUGCGUAGCAGUCCCUGCUGGCGUUUGCAGGGGCGUCGGUCAUUUGUGUGUCUAUCGAAAGCCUUGCAAGAAGAUACAUCUAACUUUUCAUAAUAGGAGUUUGAUCAAACACAAAAGUGUCCACCAUGACCGACGUGAGUGGGAAGGUCCUAACGGUCCUGGGUCCGAUCGACCCGGACCAAUUGGGCCGCACUAUGACCCACGAGCAUUUAACUAUGACUUUCGAGUGCUGUUACUUCUCCCCACCGCCAGGGGACCAGGUGGAGAACCCAUUUCAGAUGCAACACAUGUUCUGGUUGAGACAGAACCCCUACGGCAACCACGAGAACCUGCUCCUGAAGCAAGAGAACAGCGCGGUGCGAGAGGAACUGCUGGCGUACAAGAAGGCCGGCGGGGGAGCCAUGGUUGAGAACACCACAACCGGCAUCGACCGGGACCUGCCCACCAUCAGACAGAUGUCCAAAGAAACGGGGGUCCAUGUUAUUGGUGGCGCUGGGUACUAUGUGGAUGCCACCCACACAGAGGCCACCAAGAGGAUGACUGUGGAGGAGCUCAGUGUCGUCAUGGCGGACGAGGUGCUCCACGGCGCCGACGGGACGGGCAUCCGCUGCGGCGUCAUCGGGGAAAUCGGCUGCAGCUGGCCCAUCACGGACAGCGAGAAGAAGGUGCUGAGGGCCACGGCGCACGCCCAGGCCCAGCUGGGCUGCCCCGUCAUCAUCCACCCGGGGCGCAACCCCACUGCGCCCGCCGAGGUGGUCCGCAUCCUCCGGGAGGCCGGCGGGGACAUCGGCAAGACGGUCAUGUCGCACCUGGACAGGACCAUCUUUGACCACGGGGAGCUGGUGGAGUUCGCUAAGGAGGGCUGCUACCUCGAGUAUGACCUGUUUGGCACCGAGAUGCUGGACUACCCAUACGACCUGUCGGUGGACAUGCCCAGUGACAGCCAACGUGUGCAGGCCCUGGGGGUCCUGGUGAAGGAGGGCUAUGAGGACCACAUCGUGGUGGCUCACGACAUCCACACCAAGAACCGCCUGACCAAGUACGGCGGCCACGGCUACUCCCACAUCUUGAAGAGCAUCGUGCCCAAGAUGCUGAGGAGGGGCUUCACCCAGGCCCAGGUGGACAAGAUCCUCAUCGCCAACCCCAAACGCUGGCUCACAUUCAAAUAAGGACACACACACACACACACACACACACACACACACACACACACACACACACACACACACACACACACACACACACACACACACACACACACACACACACACACACACACACACACAUACACACAGGAGAUGGCAUGGAUCGAUGGAUUGAUAGACUUCUUACAGGGGGUUUGGAUCACAGCUGUUAUGAAAUUUCAUUCAUUAAUCGUAAUGAUUUUAAUGUUAUUUGGUGUCUGUGAGGGAAUUUGUGUGUUAAAUACAAUGGAAGGAGUUCGAAUUGAGGGAGAUCAUCUUUUUUUUCUGCAUUCCAGACAGUCUAAUGUAUUAGCAAUUAGAAUAUCAAUCACAUCAUCUAUUAAAGAUCAAACCGUCCCAGAGCCCAUCAAUAACUGUCUCGGGUUGAUUCAAUGUGGUGUUCUGUGUUUAUGCCUGGCAAUAUCUUUUGCACAUUUCACUAAUUUCUUGCCUCCACCCGCUUGAGACUCCGGAGAAUUUAGCCUCUCAAAGAACCAUAAAAAACCCUGAAAACA